CUUUUGGUGAUGUAGUGUAGUUUCAGCCGUUGCAAAAAAACAAGGAGUCGAUUCGUUGCAGAAUCGAAGCUUGACACCCAGAAAUGGGAGUCGACGGGCAAGGAAUCUAUUAUUUUGGAGUUGACUCCCCACCACUAGGUGCUUGUAGGUGGGGCUGAAUUGGACUACUUAUCUCAGUGCAUCUUAGUUUCUCAUCUAUGAAUGCUUUAUGGAAGGAAACACCAUGACAACUCCACUACUGAUGUUUGUUCUUCUGACUCUACCCUGCUACAGCGCACAUGGGCAGGUCAAUCCUUUUGGAAUUCCAGUCUCCGUCCAUGCUGAGAAGUUCUACGGCACGUCUCCCAGAGAUCACGUCUGCGGCGGGGUUAAUUAUAGCGGUCUAGAUUACACCUGCUGUGAAGGAGUACGGCAUAAAGGGGCGGGGCUGUCCUGCUGUGGAGAAGGGGCCUUCAGCCUCACCCAGGCUUCCUGUUGUACCUAUUCACUCAAACCUGGUCAGUUAACUCUGAAUGUGAGCCAGCUGGUGUCAGAUUGCUGUGGGUUGAGGGCCUACGACCCACUCAACCAACUGUGUUGUGACUCACGGAUCCUAACCAGGACCCAACCCCAUGCCAAGUGUUGUGGAAAAGACCUCUACGAUGAAGACCACCAGCUUUGCUGUGGAAAUGUUGUCGAAGGAAGGAAGGUCCUGACUAAAAUGUCCAGCCACCACCGAUGCUGUGGAGACCACCAGUUUGACCAGCGAAGCCACUGCUGCUGCUUUGAACCACUAUCCCCAAAGCCUCUCAAUGCAAGCUGCUGUGCAUCAUCAAGUUCUAAUUACAGGGGAAUUGAUGCGAGUUCUACAAACUGUAUGCCAGGGGAGAGGCCCUGUGGUCGAGGUGCCUGUUUUAACCCGACAACAGAGGGUUGCUGUGAGAACCCUACAUCUCUCCAAGGGAAGCGUUACUUGCGUCACCAGACCUGCUGUGAUGGAAUACCAUGUCCCUACAAUGUUGCUAGAUGUGGCUCUCAGGUUUACAAUCCAGACAUCAACAUCUGCUGUGCCGGACAGCUUUCUCAUAGGGUGCUUGGGAAAAACCUGUGCUGCGGUACAACUCCAUAUGGUGUAGUGGACCGAGGGGUGCUGUGCUGUAACCAGACGUUGCACCGUGGGGUGGAGGCUGGGCACCAGUGCUCCCCAGGUGGCCACUUGUAUCUGCCAUCCCGUGACAUGGUGUGUGAGUCACGCGUUCAUCUCAACGAUCCAGGCAAACACUGCUGUGGAGAACAGACAUACAACCCUCAGGAUGAGAUCUGCUGCAACGGACACAAACACCGCAGGUUGGGGAACAUGUCCUGCUGCGGAGGGAAGGGCUACAGCCCCAGCAGUAGCCAGAUGAAGUGCUGUGCAGGGACUCUGUACGACCUGCAGAUUCAGGAGGAUGCCCAGUGCUGUGGGAAUGUCCUGAUGGAGGCCGGCUCCACCUGCUGCUCYGCCCSAGGRMUAGACCUGCUCUACCCUACCCAGCCAGGGUUCACCUGCUGUGGGCACCGCUACCCCAACUCCUCCCUGUGGUCUUGCUGUGCGGGGGUCCUGCACCCAAGGACUGAACGAAACACCACCAGCAUGAACAUGAUUCCAGGACCCAGGCUUCUACCACUGGGGGAUUUGAAGACGGAAGAUCUGUGUUACACUGAAGUUCUGCUAGGGACAGUGGAGACUGUGUCUAUGAAGAUGAACGAGCGGUCCGUCGUGAUGGUUAACGCCAUGUCUUUGCUGGCCUCGCAUGGCAAUGUCAGCGCCCUGCCUUCCCCUCUGUACCACACAUUACCCGACCACUGCAGCUCCCCUGAACUGGUGCCGGGCAACACUUACAUCUGGGUGAAAACAGGAUUCGUCUCUGAUCUCAGCGAUCAUUCCUCCCCUCUCCAUUCCAUCCUUUCCAGGUGCUGAACCUUUAUCUCGCCCAAAGGAAAGAAGCCCAACCCUCUCAACAUUAUGUGAAUUCUGGGUAUUUCCAUAGCCUAUUGCUGAGAAAUCUGGUAUGUUAACUGAUCAGCUUAAAACUAGAAUCUUUAUAGUCUCUCAUGAGCCAUAUAUCAGGAUAAGCCAUAUUGUGUCAGUCUGGGUAGUGGUGUUCUGUAAUAUCACAAAAUACUGACUAUAUGUUUUGUUGCUUUAAAGACGCAAUCUGCAAUUGGUGCAUCCAUUUUUGGACUUUAGUGCAUUCGGAAAGUAUUCAGACCCCUUGACUUUUUCCACAUUCUGUUACGUU